AUGGACGACACCCCAGCCCGAAUGAUGGGCAACACCGACAGAAUGGCCUACUUCAAGCUCGACGGCCGCGAAGUCAAGAAAAUCAGCCGCAAGGCCCUGUACACCCGCCUCGAGGCGCGAAUCAACUACCUCAAGGACUUCCUCGACUUCAAUUCCAGCGACAUGGAAGCCCUCGCCUCCGGCUCCAAGUACAUCAAGACGCUUAUCCCAGCCGUCGUGAAUCUCGUCUACCGCAAGCUCCUCGAGUACGAUAUCACGGCACGCUCAUUCCACACCAAGGACACAUCGAACGAGACCCCAAUCGAAGACUUCUACAACGAGGACAGCCCGCCCAUCAUGCGCCGGAAGAUGUUCCUGCGGUGGUACCUGACGAAGAUCGUGACCGACCCAAUGCAGAUGGAUUUCUGGCGGUAUCUGAAUAAAGUCGGUAUAAUGCACACAGCCCAGGAACGCAUGCAUCCUUUGAACAUCGAGUACAUCCACAUGGGCGUUUGUCUCGGGUACAUCCAGGACCUGUUCACCGAGGCUCUGCUGUCGCAUCCAACGCUGUCGAUUGCGCGCAAGACCGCCAUGAUCCGGGCAAUUAGCAAGAUCAUCUGGAUCCAGAACGACCUUAUUGCGCGCUGGCGGAUGCGCGAUGGCGAGGAGUUCGCCGACGAGAUGUCCGAGUACCUUGCCGAUGAUAAGGAGGGGUACCUGGGCGAGAAGAAGAUCCUUGGCGACAGCAGCAGCAGCGCUUCCUCGCGCUCUGGCACGGUCGACGAUGACCGUGCUAGCAUUGCGCCUUCUGUUGCAUCUGCGUGUCCCUUUGCCGAUAUGGCGCAGCCGGUGUCGCAGACUAAGAUCUGGGCUGGGAAGUAA